AUGGCUGCUCGGGAAAUGCCAGCCAAAAGCUUCGAUCCUUUAGGGAGUGUGGUGUUAUAUUAAGACGAAAGUUUUGUAAAAUUGUGAGUUCGACGUAAAGAACAUCACAAGUUAUAUUAUAGUUUGUCAGGUUUUAGGAAGACAACACUAUGGAGGCAAAACUACCAGAAAUUACAGUCCAGUCUGAGAAGUUACCAGAAACAAACUCGAGUGGUAACGGUUCAGAUUCAGACGCUUCUGAAAGAAUCACCAACCGUAAACUGAAGCUUGCUCCUCGCUUACAGAGACGAGACUCAGGUUCAUCUGUGGGAGAUGAUGAUGAAAUGCCUGAAGUCACUGACGAAGUAAAGCAGCAGAUAGUCACACAAGCCGAGUAUUAUUUUAGUGAUGAAAAUUUGAAGAAGGAUGGCUUUUUACUGAAGCAUGUGAAGCGCAAUAAAGAGGGCUACGUCAACCUGAAGCUUCUAGCAUCCUUUAAAAAAAUGCGAUCACUAUGCAGAGACUAUCGAGUCAUUGGAGAGGCAUUGAAAAAUUCUACAAAGCUAGUUGUAAAUGAAACUGGGUUAAAGCUUCGUAGAGUUGAACCUCUUCCUAAAGAACUAUUGGAUCAAGCUCGUGUUAAGCAUCUUGUGGUGUCCAAAAUCCCAUCUGAAAGCCCUUCAAUGACAUAUAUUACUGAUGCUUUUACUGACCACAAAGACGAGGUUGUUUCAGUAAGAAUCGUCAAGCCUGGCAAAAAGUUUCCUAAUGACUUGCAGUCACAUUUUUCAAGACAUCCAGAAUUACGGGAUGAAAUAGUCGCAGUGGUUGAGUUUGAUAAUCCAGAUAUCGCUGCUGCUGCUUUAAGCACUACUUUCUCAGACAAGUACAAGGGCCUCUGUGUUAAACUUCUUACACUUGGUCCCAAACAGGCCAAGAAAGUAGAUAGUGUUGAUACCGCAUCUGAUACUCCUAUUGAUUCAGAUGCUAGUACUGGCAAGAAACGUAACAAGAAGAACAAGAAUGGAAACCGUUUACUUGAAGUUACAGGGAUAGAAGAUAGCUACAGUAGCUACGCCAGCUCUUCUGAUAGUGAAUUCUCAUCAUUUAGUAGCUGCAGUAAGCGCUACAACCGUUCCCGUGGUAAUUCUCCUGUAACUAGCCCUCUUAUGAAUCGACGUUCUGAUGGAAAUAACAAUUCAAAAAAUACAUCCCCAAGAGUAUCACCAAUGUCAAGUCCAAAUGCAAGUCCAAAAUUUCAAAAAAAACAUAACAAAAAGAAGCAUACUGACAACUCACCUGUCAGAAAUGGACAUACGCUCUCACCACUGGUGGCCACACACAGUCCUCGCUCCAGCCCAGAAACACAAAGAAGAACAUUGAAAAGUGACAAUAGCGUAGGACAAAGCGCAUGGAUGUUAAAGCGAAUGCAGAUGAAUGGAAGGAAAGAAACUGAAAACAUAUCUAUGAAAGCAGGUGCUAAUAAACAUCUUGAUAUAAUUCGGCAGCCAAAAGGUCCAGAUGGAUCAAGUGGAUUUUCAAACCAUCCGAUCAAAAAAUUUGUUUUAAUUCAUGCAUGUUAAACAUUUUUAUUACUAUUAAAAAAAGGUACUGCUAAGUGACCUUUAAUAAAAACAAGAGUGGUUUGGGAUUAUAUUUAUUUACACAUGCUUUUGUAUUUUGUAUAAGUUUGAUUUUAUCAAAUAAUUUCUAGAAAAGAUAAAAAAAAUGAAGAAAGAGCAACCUAACGUAAGAGUCCUUUCUACCAGCUUUCUUUUCAUUAUUAAGCAUUAUUUUUUUUUAGUAUAUAACUUGAUUGAAUGUUAAAGUCUUUAAAAUAUGACUAACAAUUAUGUAUAUGAAUAUGAAAUAUUUUUUACUAAUAUAGACAAAAAACAAAAUUUUCACAUUAUAUAUAUUUAAACGCUUUGGUGGUUGUAUAAAUAUUACCUAACUAUGUAUUUAUCUUUUUGUGUAUACUUCUGACUUAUCUAAGAUAUUAAAAUCUUUAUCAAACAAAA